GGAACCACUUGUUGACUCCCUAAUACGGUAUUUGGUUCUGCCCAUGCUUGGGUCUAGACGUUGCGUACGUCUGCACGUCUUUUGGGGAUGAACGCACGCAGUUGCACGGAAAGGAAAGACCCGACGGAUGAACCCGCGGAUGCCGGCGUAUUAAACUGGCAAACAGGAGAAAGGAGCAGGAAACAUUUACGUUUGAGUUUAUAUGAGAAACUGUUUAAAUUGAAAUAAAAAAACUGCUUUAGUCACACUUACAGCUCCGGUAGCCGUUUUAAACAAGAAAAUGGCUGUGAACGUUUACUCAACCUCAGUUUGUAGCGACAACCUGAGUCGUCAUGAUAUGCUUGCAUGGAUAAACGAAUCGUUACAGAUCAACCUUACUAAGAUUGAGCUGUUAUGUUCAGGUGCAGCCUACUGCCAGUUCAUGGACAUGCUCUUCCCUGGCUGUGUACCUUUAAAGAAAGUCAAAUUCGCUGCAAAACUAGAGCAUGAAUUCAUCCACAACUUCAAGAUCUUGCAAGCUGGCUUCAAAAGAAUGGGUGUUGACAAAAUCAUCCCAGUUGACAAAUUGAUAAAAGGCAAGUUCCAGGACAACUUUGAGUUUGUGCAGUGGUUCAAAAAGUUCUUUGAUGCCAACUAUGAUGGCAAGGAGUAUGACCCUGUGGAAGCUCGGCAGGGACAGGACACCAUGCCCAGCCCCGCCAUGUCAGCUCUCAGCAAGCCCAAGAAGAUCCUCAAUGCUGCACCCCAGCGGGCAGCAGUUGCCAAGGUGGCACCAAAAAUGGCACCCAGCUCGGUGCGGAGACCAGGGGCUGGUGGAGGUGACGAAGAACGGGCAGAACUCAUCCAGGAGGUGAAUAUACUGAAGUCUACUAUACAGGACAUGGAAAAGGAGAGGGACUUUUAUUUCGGCAAACUGAGGAACAUUGAACUCAUCUGCCAGGAGAAGGAAGGAGAGGGUGACCCCACGUUGCAGAGGAUCGUGGAUAUACUCUAUGCCACAGAUGAGGGCUUCGUCAUACCAGAUGCUGAGUCAGAGGACCAGGAAGAAUUCUAACAUUCAGGACUGGAUCACGCAACUUUUAAUACAACCCCUUCAAUCCUCUACAACAGCUCCUAUCUUCAACAUUUAUCACACCCAAAACGACUGGAUCCUUGUUAUGCAUUGCUUGGUCUUUGAAUGGACUAUAUAUCAAGUGUUUUUCGUCUGUAAAAUCAAGUUGAAAUAAGUCAAGUGUGAAGUACCUGUUUCUUCUCUGAAGCACCUCCUCCGGGUCAUCCUAUUGGCCUUUGGCAGUGACAGCAUCAUUUUGGAAAAAGGUGUCUAUUUGGGUCCAGGCAAGUGAGCGGUUGAUUCCACUUUUUUCUUGUCGAUCUUUCCCCUUAUUUGCUGUCUGUUCCGGGAAUUGGAGCUACAAGUUCUCUGGCACCUGCACUAAUUUUUGUACAUUAUAUUUUUUCUUCUUUUACUCGUUUCCCAAUUUAGUACUAGUAUGCCACAUAUUUGUUUUUUGGGGUCUGAGAAAUGUCACUUAUGUCAAAAGAUGUGUAAUUAUGUCAAAAGACAUGUAAUUGUCACUGUCAAGUGUUUUAGAUGGUUUCAGAGGGCGGUUAAUGUACUGACAGUGAGAAUUUUCAUCCUUCACUAAUAUCCCCCAAACCUACUUAUUUCCCAAUUUUUUAUUUGGUCUCAUCCGUUGUGGAGAUGAACCAAUUUUCAAUUGUGCAAUUAUGUGCAUGAAUAAUAUUUUUUUUAUACCAGGGAAUUAGAUUUGUAUAAUUUAGAUUUUCUUAAUGUGGCAACAAUUCUCGAAACAGCUCAUAAUAUUGAAUGCUGAAGAAACAUGUUAGAACUACAAGCUGACAGUGGAAUACUUUGUGUGAUUUAUCUGUAUUUUUGUUUUUUGGAAGUUGGAAGGCAUGUGCACUGGAGAAAAUCUAGGAACUCUCCCUCGUCCAAAGCCCAAACUGCUUGCUUAAUUAUUUUCUUGGCCUUUUUCUCAUUCUGUAAUGUCAGUUGGCAGGGGAUCAGUUCUAAUAAUUUGUCUUGAUUAACCUCAUGUCUAAUGCAUCCUUUUACAGUUGUAUUUCCUUUCCUAAUGUUACUUUUUUCUGGUUCUGCAGCAUGUUUUAACACACUCCAGCUGUGUUUGAAUUUGUUGUGAUCAUGUAGCCAGCCACUGCAUCAGAUAUGGUUUUUAAGGCCCAAAGUGCUGAUACUCAUAGAAUUGCAAGUCUUUGCGCCUGAAGAUUUUAUAUGCUUUACAAAUUGCCUUAUCCUCAAUGCAUUUUUCUUAAACCUUUCAUAACCUAGAUGGAUGUGACUUUAAUGUACUCUAUUUUUGGCAAAUGUUUGUACGAUUUUAGCAUUGUAAUUUUAGCUAUUCUCAGUUUUCUGUUGCUCUGAAAUAAAGAUGGCACCUAGAAUCUGGAAGAAACUUUGAUGUUUAAGGGUACUUCAUGGGUCAUUCUCACAACUCUCCUUUAAUCAAAACGUUCUGGAGUAUAAUUUCCCAAUUUACUCAAUAUCUGCGAUAGGUUUAAAUCAGAAUUUUGUUUCUGACCGUAACAUUCAAAUUACUGCUAUUCUGCAUUAGUCAUAACCCAAUUUUUUUGUAAUGUUCUACAUUGAAGAUGUAAAGGCCUGAGAAGCAUAACACUAAAUCAAACACUUUUUUGUGUUGCGGAAAAUUGUAGAAUGGUUUGAAACCAAGGAGGUGGGCAUGCUGUGAUCUUCAGCUCUCCAAAGUCUGUUUGGACUUACUGUGAUGAAACUGGAUUUCUGGGCACUUUCUCGUAAUAAAACUUCAGCAAAAUUGUAGAUUAAACCCAGUCGUUUUACCUAUAGUUUCCCAGAAACAAAGAUUAAGCCUACUUCUGAACUAAAAAACUAAAAAUCACAGGAAAAAUGUAAUGGGAAUUUUUUGUUGUCCUGGACUAGAAUUCAUCUUUGCCCAGGAAAAUGCCCCUUCAUACUCAUUAUGAUAUAUGGAGAUGAUUCAUGGUUUUAACUCCCCUUUCUACAAACCCAUUAAAACUGGUUAUGUGAGGAUCACCCAUAGAGACCUUAUUGGCCGGUUUACAUAGUCUAGGACUAAAAAAAGAAGCCCAAUGGAGUUUUCUGUUGAACUAGAUUAUUUUUUUAUUGUUCUAGCUAUGUUCUUAAUGUUUUAAUUACUUUUGUGCCAUUGGUUCUUUAGUGUUAUCAACCUGCUUGUUUACCUAAUGUAACUAGUGCCACCCCAAUGCAGGAUGUGACCUCAGUGAUGAUUAGUAAUGUAACUAACCAGUCCAAAGUCUCGCUUCCUUAACAGAAACAAUUCAACAACAAAGAUGUUGAAUAUAUGGAGUCCUUUAGUUGUCUUUGGCAAGGCAGUUGUCUUUUACCUUUGCAUUAAUAUUUUCACUAGGUUUUUUUCUGAUGUUUAGUUUGGAGUGCCUUUGGAGCAGUAGGUCCAUUUGACCAUUUUAAGUCAUUCAAAGGGGGUAUCAUCUUAGAUACUCACAUGGCAAUGAAGGAAGUUUGAAUGUGGUGCAAGAAAAUUACUGUUUUCCUAUAAUUAUUUACUGUUACGUUUAAUUCUAUUUUCAAUAGUGGUCAAUAACCACGUCCAAAACCAAAUGUUUAUCUGUUUGCUGAUAUUGUGGCUAUAUCAUUGACUGUGAAGUCAGGUCUGCUGAUACUAAUCACAUACAGCCUGUGAUGACAUCUGGCUUGUCUGUUGGUUUUGGAAAGUGCAUUUUAUAUGCCUGUUUGAAAACCCUUCAGUGGCCUCUUAAUCUGACAGUGUGCCAAUCUUAACAUCAAUCAACCUUUGCCUUUCUGAUCCUGUUUUUUCUUUUGAUUCCUAUUUUGAUAAUGGUGAAUAUAUAAAAUCUGAUUCCCCCCCCCCCCAAUUAUUUAGACCUGGGACACCAGGUUGGUGCAGUUUAUGUUGGUAGAACAGAACACCACCAGGCUCCAGCCCACGUUGGGUAAGAUUUGAAUACUCCUGGUUUAGGUCAGUCCCCUGUGACUCAACAAUCUGUGCCGACAUUUUUGUACACUGUGAGCCAUCGGUCAUCUUAGCUCCUUAGUUGUCUCUCAUUUUUAUUUUCUGUCUUAGAUCAUAUUUGCUGAAUCAAGUUUCUUAAAAACAAUAAAACAGUAUUUCCAUGUU